AUGGAAGGUCCACUAUCAAAGUGGACGAACGUCGUUCAUGGAUGGCAAUACAGAUGGUUCAUUUUGAGGGACGAUGCGCUUCAUUAUUACACUUCUAGGGAGAAAAUGAUGAAAGGGCAACAACGUGGUUGCAUACGUCUUCGUGGUGCUGUUAUCGGUAUCGAUGGUGAAAAUAAUUCCUUGUUUACGGUCACUGUUGACGGCAUAACAUUUCAUUUACAGGGUCGAGAUGAAAGUGAACGCAACAGCUGGAUUCGUGCUUUGGAGGCCGUUAUCCAUGAACAGAGUGGUUAUUAUCGUGUAACUUCGUUAAAUUCACCAGCGGUUUUAAAAGCAAAAGCUAUUGAAGCAGACAAACAUUUGCAAGAUAUGAUCAAUGAGGUCCGAGAAUUGGAAGGAUUGUCUACUUCAGCAAAUACUGAAAUGAAGAAAACGGUUGAUGAUUUGGUUAAAUCAGCGAAUCGUUUGUUGGAUACGGUGAAGCAUGCAGUAAUAUUGCUACAAAUGGCUAGGAGUCAUUUAGAGGGUGCUUCAAUAUUGGGUUUAGAUGUGAAUGGUGAAGGAUCCGAGAGUUCUGAGGCGAAAGUUAUAGUUCCUCCAUUGUCAUAUUCAAGUAGUGAAGAUGAAUUUUUCGAUGCUGAAACUCCAAGCGAUGGUGAUAAAUUUUCACCAAGUGAUGAUAAUUCAAAUGACAUCGACAAUUCUGGAAAUGGCAACAAUCCUGGACAUAGCAGUAAUCGUAAUCCUGGCAGAAAAAUUUCUCAGACACGAAAGAAGUCCAUCCAAGAACCGGAUUUUGCGGAUGCGAAUGCGGAUUUUGACGCUGCUUACGAAAAUGCAGAGGAAUUCGAUGUUGGUAAUGUACAACAACAGCAUGGGUCUGUGCUUAUGCAUCUUCUUUCACAGGUAAGUGUUGGAAUGGAUUUAACCAAAGUGACACUGCCAACAUUUAUUCUCGAACGUCGCUCACUUCUGGAAAUGUAUGCUGAUUUCUUUGCACACCCAGACAGUUUCGUCGGUUGUGCUGAUGCAUCAUCGCCGGAAGAACGCUUCGUCUCUGUGGUCCGUUACUACAUGGGAGCUUUUUAUGCUGCUCGUAAAAGUGGUGUAGCUAAAAAGCCAUAUAAUCCUAUUCUUGGAGAAACCUUUCGAUGUCGAUGGAAAAUACCUGGCAUGAAAAGAACUAAACAGCUCACCAAACGUGGUCCUUUUCCUGGUUCAGACAGAAAUGACUUAACGUUUAUUGCGGAACAGGUCAGCCAUCACCCACCUGUCUCAGCUUUUUACGCCGAACAUCCUGCUAAACGGGUUUCAUUUACAGGACAUAUUUGGACGAAGUCUUCGUUCUUGGGCCUUUCUAUUGGAGUCACUAACAUUGGUUGGGGAACAGUGAAGCUGCAUGAUUAUGGUGAGGAGUAUGUUUUAACAUUCCCAAAUGGUUAUGGACGUUCAAUUAUGAGCACUCCAUGGAUUGAACUCGGCGGGAAAGUCACAGUUAACUGUGUCAAAACGGGAUAUUCGGCUGAAAUUGAUUUUCUAACAAAGCCUUUUUUCGGUGGAAAAGCACAUCGUAUAAAUGGAAAUAUUUAUCGUUCGGGCUUUAAAAAACCCCUUCUUAUAAUAAAGGGUGAAUGGAAUGGUGUGAUAACUGCGAAACCUCUGAAUGGUAGCGAAUAUUUAUUUGUUGAUGUUAAGCAAUAUCCUGAAGCGAAAAAGGUUUAA